CCCUCCCCUCCUCUCCCGCCCCCCCGCCGCCCCUCCUCCGCCCCGCGCGCGCAGGGCCGCUGCGGCGGUGCGGAGCGGAGCGGAGCGGAGCGGUGCGGAGCGGGCAGCUCUGACAGCGCCGCCGGGGCAGCGCCGGCGCCCGCGCACCCUCCGCUGGCCCUCGGGGCGGCGGCGGCCGAGCCUCCCCCAGCCCUACACCUUGCGGCGGCGGUCGAGCCCCCCGCGCCGCCGAGGCCGGCGGGGCGGCGGCAGGAAGCGCCGCUCCCCCUGACGGCGAGGCUCCCGGUGGCCCAGCGCCGCUGUCAGCCGGGCGGGCGCCCGCGGUCCCGGAGACCUCCUCAGCAGCGCGGCGCCCGGCGCCACCCGGUACAUGGAUUACCUGAAAUUCAUAAUCCGUCCUCAGCCUCUCUGGGUGACUGCAGAAGACAUAGAAUUGUGGCAUCACAGCAGAUUGGAAGUUGAGCAAGUUCAGGACUAUGUCUGAAUGUAUCCAGCUCUCAUUUGCUGUUUGUAGAAUUGGCAUUUACACGAUUAAAAAGUUGUACACUGACAAACCCAGUCCAGCAAAGUGUUUUAGAGCACUUUGCUGCAAGGGACCACCUCCACCACGACCUGAAUAUGACUUGGUUUGCAUAGGCCUCACUGGUUCUGGCAAGACUAGUCUUCUAUCACAGCUUUGCAGUGAAACCCCGGAGAAUAUAGUGUCUACCACAGGUUUUAGUAUAAAAGCAGUGCCAUUCCAGAAUGCCAUCUUGAACGUAAAAGAACUUGGAGGGGCUGACAAUAUCCGGAAAUACUGGAGUCGCUACUACCAAGGAUCCCAAGGGGUAAUAUUUGUAUUAGACAGUGCCUCCUCUGAAGAUGAUCUAGAAACAGCUAGGAAUGAACUGCAUUCCGCUCUCCAGCACCCACAGUUAUGUACUUUGCCAUUUUUAAUACUGGCCAAUCAUCAAGACAAGCCAGCAGCUCGCUCCGUACAAGAGGGUGUGUUAGUGGAUAUUGUGACCAAGAUUGUCUAUUGUCUCCAGCAUGAUUGGCAAGCCACUGACAUUCCCAUCCUUGCAAGCUCAGUGAUUCAGCCAUACCUGUCUCCAGGCUUCGACUGAAAGCUGGACGGAGAAGAGGCGCAUUUCUCCUUUGAAUUAUGUUUACCUUCCCCUUUUCAGUUCAGCGUAUCCCCCACCUCUGUCCCGGAGAAGCCGGGAGAGUUAUGCCGGUCUCUAGUUAUCUUACAUAAUCGUUGUUUACCAGUUUUGUCUCUUUUUUGAAAAAGCUUUACCCUAAAUGUCCUGGUCCUUCCACCUUGACAAGGGUAGUAUUUCCCAUACGCCCCUGCCUUCUCCAGGGGUGUCUGCAGUGGCGGCCAGGCAGACUGCAACCCGCCCUGCUCCUCCUUCUAAACUGCACUUUGUUGCCUGUCUUUGCUGCAGCCGAUGGGCUUUCCUUAAAAAGGAAGUGCUCGUAUUAUUAUGGGGACACUAUUUUAAUCCACUAGCCAAAAUAUUUUUUAAAUGAUCGUUUGGAGCCUGCCGAAAAAUAAUUUGUCUGUCUUUGAAAACCAAAGAAUAUUUAUUUAAAAUAUGUUUAAAAUUUGCUACACUAUCAGUGAAAAAUAGGAGUAGGACUUUCAGACUCCACUUAGUGCUGUCCUGAAUCUUUUAUUCACCAAAUUACCAAAUAUGAUGUGUUCAGUCAUUUAUUUUGAGUUUUGAAACUGAAAUAGCACAGAGUGGUAAGUAGUGGGAUCUGUUAGGAGAGUUUAGGGAACUUUUUUUUGUUUUAGCCGAUGUCUGCAGUACAGCAAAGGUCUCAUCAGGUCUGGAGUCCUCAGGCAUACUGUCUCUGUUUCUUCUCAUUUCAUUUGUUAGCACCUGACAGGAAUAUUUCCACAACUUUUUGAGUUAUCAGUUAUGUUCAUAAGGAUAUAGGUAAAGGCUUUUUAUUAAAAUUUUAUCAUUUGACUCUAACUUUGAGGAUGUGUUUCCAAGAUACUGUUGUUCAGUGGAAAGUAACCUCUUUCUUUUACAUGUGUGCUGCUUGCAGGCCAGGCACUGAAUCCAGGCUGUGCUUAGCACUUCCGUCUCAGGCUUGUUCUGUUUGGUUUGGUUUUGUUAAUUUUCCACCAGAGCUAAAAUGCCAAUGUUUUGUCUAGUAGGAAAAGUGUUACGAGCUUCUGCAUGGAAAAGUAUGUCUUAUUUUGUUUAUACAUAUAGGUUUUAUGGAUUAUUUCCUCCUUUAUCUACCAUCUGUUGUUGACUCCUAUUCUUGCUGGAGGUUCUUCCCCUCCAACCAUCUCAAAUAUUUCCUUUUUUAGCAAAAUACAUUGUGCAGCCCUUUUUUUGUGUGUGUGUGACCCUCAAGAAUCCAGUCUGUUGUUCAGUGUGUUUGCCACUUGGAUAACAAAAAAUGUUUUAAUAAAAACGACCAAAGUAUUAAAAAAUAAGUAUAUUGCUUUAGAUACCUGACCUAUUCUGAGUGCCUAACGUCUUCUGCUGAAACUAGAAGUGGUUUUAUUUUUAAAGAGUCAAAAUCAGAUAUCCAUGGAAGCAAGUGGGAAGUGUUUUGUAUUCACUAAGAAAAAGCAAGUCACUGAUUCCCGAAUUCAUUUCUGAGUUCCAUAGAAUAAAGUGUGAAAUAAGAUCUUAAUACAUCUAGUUUUGCUUAUGUAACUUAGAACAUAAACUAGGUAUUUUGAGGGCAGAAAUACAAAUUUGAAAAUGAAAAUUAUCUGCAUGUCAUGAAAUCUUUUGAGUUUUUUAUUUCUCUCCUUUUUCAUUCUGUCAUUUAAAUGGGUAUAUUUUUAUGUGACAUAGUAUUAAGCAUACAUGGAUGUAAGUAUUUCACACUAUUGCAAAGAAAAAAUGUAAAUUUGAAAAGAAAUCUGUAGUUACAAAAACAAAACUCACCGUUUCAAUGUAAAUUCAUUCAUUGAUUCCAAUUCAUUGCAUUAGAACGUCAAACCCAGAAGCUGUUUUUUUAUUAAUAUCUUCACACAUUGAUAGCUCUGACAUAAAUAUAACUCUGAUUAUCAAGAGUGUAGUGUAUAUUAAAUCUUCCUUCCUGUUAUAUCAGACGUGCUUUUGAAUUCUCAUGUAUGGGAUCUCUUUUUUGUCAUAGCUCUAUCCUUUACAGUAAUGUUAGUAAAAUAGCCAUAAUGAAGGCUGUUGAUUUGACUGAGGAUUAGAUAUUGCUACUGGAAGAGAUGCUUUAAAGCUGCACUAGACAUUGUAUUUCAACAGCAGAGAGGCUGAAUGUGGCUUCAGUUACUCUUAGCACUGGUGAGUGGUCACAUUGCUGGUCAAAGAAAACAUAAUUAUCAGAGGAAUAAGUCUUAAACUGGGAUGGUGAAGUAUUUUUUUAUCGAGUUACAAUAAACUAACAAAAAGGAGGCUUGUUUUGUGGAAUGGCAGAGUUACCUUCUAAUAUCUGUGCUGGUGGGUGAGUGCCUGGUAAGUUGGUUGUUUCUGUGGGUGGGUCCAAGCUCCAUCGGGCCACAGUCAUCAAAUACUACCAAGGUUUACCAAAAGCACAUAAACAGACAUGUAAAAGGUCAGCCCUGGGUCAAUACAGACAAGCAAUGUCAAAAAGUAUGUGGAAUCUGAAUGGGUGUAUAAUAUUGCAGGAAUUCCUCUUAUUUUUAAGCUAUUUUAUGGCUUUUUGAGUAUUCAGGUGUGUAAAGAUAACGGUCUAGAGAGUGUUACUAUAAUAUAUGAGCAGAGACAACUUUUUAUGGCUAGUUCUUCAUUUAUUGGCAUAUUGUCUUCUCAACUUGCUAGGUCAGUGUCUACAAUCAGUAAGGACUGUUUGAGGGAACUUUAUAUGUUUUACAAAAAGACAGGUAUGUAAGCACGAAGGGCCAGUGCGGGCCAACUACUAGUUGGUUUGCGUCCCCUGAGACCUUCCUAUGAACUUCUGCUGAAGUACUGCUCAAGUUACUACUUUUUGGAUUCACUGUUGAGUGACUGACAGGAAAAGCCAAACAAUGCCAAAAAGAGAACAGGAAAAAAUAUAUCCACAGACUACCUUUUUCUUUUGUCCAUGUGACUUCAGUAAGGUUUAGACAAGCUUAAACAUCAUUUAUAUCCCCUCAAAUUCUCUCUUCUAGUGAGGCAGGCAAAGACAAACACAAUUACUGAGUUGGAGGACUCUUAAAAUGUCUUUGAUACAAGAUGCUUUCUACUUACUGAAAGAGUUAAAUUUAAAUAAGUUAAUUUCUUUCACAUAGUGGAAAAAAUAAAGCCAUCAUUUAAAAAAAAAAAAAAAAUAAAAAAAAUCCCAAAACACGAGGACUCUCCUGCCCUCCCAGCCCCCAGAAAAUCAUUAAAGAGUUCAGGGUGAUGAACUCAGUGGUGAUUGUCCAAAAGUCAAGACCAAGCAGGAGCUAUCGGUGGCUUUUUUAUUCACUUUUCCUGUGAACACUGGGGCAGUUCUUUUAAAGCAACAAAAGAAUUGGCACUCAUUCUUUCAGAAAGCUAUUGCAGAAGAUACAUUGAAGAAAAAUUGAGAAAUUAGAGGCAUUAGAGAAGAUCACAAGAAUCUGACCAUGCUUCAGAGGCAGUGAAAAUACUGAGAUGACAGACAUGUGGCACAAAGAGACCUGGAAGUGAAGAAUAAAUUUCUUCUGAACAGUUCUCUCUAUAUGAGGGGAAAAAAAACCCUCAGUGUGUUUCCACUUAGUUUUGCAAACCAUCUUGUUCCUGUAGUAGCAGACUAGAAGUUACACCUGAGCAAGAGAUAGGACUAAGACAAAUAGCUGCUCUUUAUCAAAAUGAUGCUGAUAACCCUAAAGUGACUGUUAUAGCUGUAAAACCUUACAAGUUAUCCCCAAAACUUAUCGGUAGCUCUUCUCUCUCAGUGUCUACUGGUAACAACAACAGGAAUUUGGUAUUUUAUCAGCUGUCAAAAAGAAAUCCAGUUAAGCACAAAAGGCUUUCAGAAGGAACACCUUAAUAUUUGUUUUUUAAUGUUUUAUGAAACUCCACGGUUUGUCCCUGUGGGAGCUACAAAGUAGUGUAUAUUGUAAGUACAAGAAUUUACUCCACCAGUGUUAGGUAGAGGUGUGUGCUAUUGGGGAGCUGUCUCUAUCAUUACGUUUAUGUGAGGGUCUGUUCUCAUCCUGUAGCUUUUUUUAGUCACAAGGUAACAUAAAGGUCAGAUAACACAACUGAAAUUUCCUAAGGGAUUUCUAAUUGCUACUAAUGACAACUUAGAGGUCUGGGCCUGAAACAGGCAAGCUUUUGUGUGUGAAGGUGACUUCAUUAGGAAAUGAGAAACCUUGAUGCUUCUCCAGAUCAGGGUGCUGCUUUGAUUCCUUUAAUAGUAUAUCCAAAUCUGACAUCCUGGUCUUAAUCUUUUGCUUGAUUACACUCAUGUCAUUAACAUUUUAUUGAAUAAUUUGGCUAGAAAUAACUUCACUUUGGUACACAAAUAUAUGUAAUCAUGAAAUAUAUUGCACUGAAUAAUUUUAUUACAUGUUAUGAUAUUCAAGGAUGAAAUAUUUUGCAAAUACUACUCCUUCCAUUAAGAAUAAUGUGGCUUGUGAUAUUCCAUUAGUCCUGCAGUUCAACCAUAUCAACCACAGCUGUACUAAAUGAACAGAGCACUUCCACUUAACAAUUUCUAUGCAAGUUAGGUGGUUGUUUUUGUAAGGUGUUAUGAUAUGUAAAGAGGUGUCUGCUCCAGUAUUUUGCCUUAAUGCUUAAUUUCUUUGCCUCUAUAGACUUAAAACAGACCCUUUAUAUUGCUUUAAUAUACUUUUGCAUGUAUUAUAAAGACUCCCACACACGCAUCAGUUCAACAUUCCAGCAAGGCAGCUGAUUUUAAAAAAAUGUUGUGAAACAAGUUGAAACUGGUUGGCACAUAUCUGAAGAAAGAAAUCAAAUAAAACUGGCAACUAAAGAGAAAGGGAAGUUGAUAUUGGCACUUCAUCACAGAGGUCUCUAGGUAAAACAUAUGCAAAAGCCCUUAAAAUGUAGUUCUACUUUGAAAAGUGACUAUGUAAAAAUGUCACCUUACUCAACAGAUUUAUUCCUCAUAUGUACUCAGUGUUGCGUCUUCUUGUCCUUAUAAUAAAAUAAGUUGUGGGGUUUUUUUCUCUUGCAUUUCCUUUUAACUCUACGGUAUCAACACAAACCUAGCUUGUAUUUUGACAUUUGUAUUACCCAAAUUCAGUUGGUCACUUGACACAGUUUGCAAAAGAUCUCAGGGAAUGUGCAGGUUCUCUGAUAGCUGGACAGCAACAAAAGAUCGUACUUAAUCUUUCAAGUUCCAGCCUGAGUUUUAACUACUAGUACUUUAGAUUUCAUGUCUCCUCUUUUAUCUUACUGAAUUUUAAGUUACCCUUGUUUCUUUGAUAGUAAUGCUCAGAUUAGAGUUUAGCUUCAGUGGGCUAGUAUUUCAUGACAGAGCAUAGAAAAUGUACUCUUGGAAUUUAAGCCCACGAUUGCAAAUGGAGUAAAUCAGAUCUAAAGAGCAUAGUGUAGAAAGGAGGAGCCAGUCAGCUAUUUCUAGAAUUAAUUUCUACGUCAAGAAGAUACUUUUAUGUACAACUGAUACAAGUAACGCUUAUGUUACUUAAAUACUGGGGUUUUUUAAAGAUCUAAAAUGUGGUACUGAAAGUAGGUUUUUGGUCUUGUCCUUUUGCCCGAAGUGUAAAGAUGCUCAGAAGAGUUUUUUAUUAAUAUAAUUAACAUUUUGCAGGAUUCAUUUUGUCAAGAUGCGGGGCUUUUGUAUCCUUUUAUCAUGAUAGGAAUGCUGUCUGUAUAAUUAUGCUCGAUUACCUACUUCUUAUGCCCCUGAACUGAUCUUGCCCUAGUGCGGAUAUUCACUUGUCUAUCUACUUAACCUGUCUGUGUGCUUACUUAAGUUUCUUACCCUUAGUAGAUGUAAAGUAGCACUGAAACUUGCAAAUAAAUGAGAGGUAUCUAACUAUGUGUUAGUCAGCACUCUUAGCAUCUAAUUAUCAGUAUUAUUUGUAAAUAUGAUUACUUGUCUUCCAGUCAGUUUGUGUUUCUUUUGCUAUUUUUAUUUGUUUUAUUGGUCCUUGUAUGGUAGUUACUUCCCUUUUAAGCUGUGCGAAAAACGACAAAAACAUGUCCAGAACUGUCCUCAGUUGCACAAAAAAUAACAGACACGAAGAAUUCCAAGCUGGACAAGUGGCAAAAGUGCUAUUAGAGCACUUUGAUAAGCUCUGAGUUUAAAACUUGAGGUUAAAAUACUGCAUGAGUAUAAACAUUGCUAUUUUCAGUCCUGAUUAUUGGGAAACAGGAUGUCCCAAGAAUUUUGAGUUGCUUCAAAUAAAUAAGCAAGGUGAAGAUAGGUGAAUUAGGGGGUUUUGUUGUGGGUAUUUUUUCACAAAGGAUUUCUGAAUGGUUUUAGAUCCUGUAAGCAUUGACACACUGACUGCCACAAUGCAAACGUGCUUGGGUGAUACCACAACUCCUGAUGGGUUCAAAAUUGCCUGGAGAGUGUUGGAAAGGCUUACAGAUUUAUUUUAUGAUAUUCUAAAAAGCUGAAACUUAACCAAAAUUACUGGGUUUUUUUGUUUGGUUUUUUUUUUAGUGUUUUAAAUGUGCAAGUUGGGGUGGUGUGACAAAUACUAUUCUUCACAUCUUUCUCAUUUUAGUGUUAUGACCCUGGAAGCGUACCUAGAAGCGUAUUCGUCUCCUUGGGUGAUCGCAUGAUGAGAUGAGCUAAAAAGCCGCACGCUUCCACCAAGCUUGAGAAAAAUGGCAGUGAAGCAGUUGUAUGCUCAGUAGAGGACAUUGGCCUUAGCACCUUUUCUUUUUGUCUUUUAGUGACGUGCUUAUACUCAGCAGUUUGCUGCUGAUCCAAGCCACCAUUUCAGUUAAUGAAAGGAGCCAUCUACAAGCAGAACACUUUUCUCAGAUAUGCCUUUUAUCCUAGUCCAUUUUUCUUGCAGCUUCAAGAAGGUUUUCUGGUUAAUGUGUGUGCACUGAAAGAGGCCUCUAUGUGCUCAUCUCUCCCUUUUCUGUUCUUGUGAUACAAUAGCAGUUUGUUUGUGAAGUACUUUGGGAUAAAUGUGCGGGUUAUUCAUGUACAUAGCCCACGCUUUAAAUGUAUUUUCUGACCCAGAAUCAUUGAAUGUCCUGAGUUGGAAGGGACCCGCAAGGAUUGAGUCCAACUCCUGUUACUGUUGUCCAGUCUCUUCUUGGGGCUGUGACGCCUCUCUGGGGAGCCUGUUCCAGUGCUCCACCACCCAAUGGGGGAAGAACCUUUUCCUAAUGUCGAACAUAAACCUCGCCGGCACAUCUUCCCACCAUUCCUUCAAGUUCUGUCGUUGGUCACCAGAGAGAAGGGACCAGCACCUGCCCCUCCCCCUCCCCUUGUGAGGAAGCUGCAGCUGCCAUGAAGUCUCCCAUCAGUCUCCUCCAGGCUGAACAAACCAAGUGACUUUAGCCACUCCUCAUACGGCUUCCUCUCCAAACCCUUCACCGACUUCAUAGCCCUCUUCUGGAUGCUCUCCAGUAGCUUUAUAUCCUUUUUAUCCUGUGUUGCCCAGAACUGCACACAGUGCUCCAGAUGAGGCCGCACCAGUGCGGAGCAGAGCGGGACAAUCACCUCCCUGCCCGGCUGGCAAUGUUGUGCUCGACACACCCAGGACACGGUUGCCCUCUUGGCUGCCAGGGCACACUGUUGGCUCAUGUUCAACUUGCCAUUGACCAGAACCCUCAGAUCCUUCUCUGUGGAGCUGCUUUCCAGCAUCUCAUCCCCCAGCCUGUAUGUACAGCCCGGGUUGCUGUGUCCCAGGUGCAAAAUCCAGCACUUGCCCUUGUUAAACUUCAUGCAGCUGAUGAUUGCCCAGUUCUGCAAUUUGUCCAGAUCCCUCUGCAGGGCCUCUCUGCCCUCAAGAGUGUCAACAGACCUGGCUUUCUGUUUAUUUGAUGUUGAGAAUACACAAGAGAAUUCAUGACAGUCAUGACCUUCCUUUUUUUCAGUUGAAAUAAAAAACUACAUCUGGUGAAAAUUUUCUAAUCUGAUGCUUGUUACCAUGGCAACCUAAAGUAUGGCUUUGUGUGUGUACUCUAAGCUGACUUGAGAUGCUAACGUUAACGAAAAUAUGUUAAAUAACUUUGCUUCCAUCUUCCCUGCAGUUUCUCUUCCAGCCUUCUGAUGCCUAACACUUACUUUUGGAUAGUACCUGAUUGUACCUCAGAGAAACAGGAGUGUUGCGCCCAUCUUUCAGCUCCAGGUGUUUGAAUUCUCAGUGAAUGAAGUCCAUGAGUUACGAGUUAUGAGUCAUUGUAGUGAUUACAUAAAUGCCACCUGAAGUGCCUCGUCUGUUAUACAGAUUGUCAAAUCAGCUGAUCUAAUGAUCUGUCUGAACUGUAAACCCGUGCACUGCAGUCUUAGUUGGCGUGUCAACGCUUUAGGGUUUUUACAUAUUCAAUUCAGUAAUAUCAAAAGUCUGACAUGUUUUGAUACACUGGACUUCCAUGGGUCUCAGAGAGAGAUUGUCACACACAGGUUUUAGGGGAGGUUUUUUUUUUCAUUGUAAUGUGGGAUCUGUCAUGCCUGUGCCAAAAAUCUGUUGAUUGAAUUUCUGUUGCCAGUGCCUUGAAUUGGGGGCGGGGGGAAACUCAAAAUAAAAGCAUAUGUCAGAGAAUUUAGAAUUUAGAUGUAAAUGCCAGCUUCUUAUGAUGGCCAUAGGCAUUAUCUGUCUGUAGAACAAUCUACACCCACCACCUUGAGUUACUAUGACGUGCAUAUUUUUCAAACAAGGUAUGAUAUUAGCAGGUAGAGGGUUAUUCUCUAAUUUUUGUGUCCACUUUAGCGUCAUAGAAAGAGACUUGGCAAAACAGUCCCCUGUAAAGACUGGAGAGUGAUGAUUAUGUCCUUUCUGUUCAUAAUAAAUGCAUCAUACUGUUUUUCUAGCUACUUUCAGCUCUUCAAAAACAACUAAAACUGAUAGCAAUUAAUUAUCUUGAGCUGUGCUAAAGUAAUGCUACUAGUAAUUACUGCAGAUUAUUUUCUUCCAAUGUGCUAUCUGGAAACUGUUUUUUGGUUUAUACUGUUGAUUUCAAUAGAUAUUGGGGAAGGAAGGAAAGGAAGGAAGGAAAGAAGGAAGGAAAGAGGAAGGGGGGGAGGGAGAAUACUCUGUUGGGUACAAGUGUGUACUAGCUUAAGUUAAGCCUACAAAGGCCUGAAGUAAUUGCCAGGGUGUUAAAUCGGAAAAAAAAAAAAAAAGUAUAGGUAUAUAGUACUAGCUCCUGAGAAUAUGCACAAUUUUCAACUAUUUAUCUUUUCUAUUAGCUCUAAGCUUGGUGGUAUAAUUUCUAGCUCUGAUUUACUUCUAUCAGCUAUGCAUUUAGAUUUGGUCCAUAUUUCCUUAUGGUAGAGAGGCUAAAUGCUAUAUUUACUAGUAUACUUGGCAAUGUUUCCCCAGGGAUGAGGAUGCCUUGAAAAUAUAUGAAAAUUACCUAAACUAAACAAUGUUCUGAAUCUUGAAAAGCAGCCACUGAUAGUCAGCCCCUGAUUCAGAGGAAAUUCAAAGUGUGGUAGUAAUAUUUGAACUAUAAGGACUUGUAGGCAAACAAUGUUUUAUGUGUUGAAACUGCUUUUGAUUUUUAACUACAGGCAGGUAAGCUCUUCCAGUGUGUGGGCGCUCUUGUGUAUGCUACCUUUAGUUUUUGCAGCUUCCUUCACUCUGUACCCAGUUGAUUCCCUUGAAACCAUAGGAAAUUCAUAUCUCAUCACCAACUAUGUUCUUGAAAUACAGGUAUCCAUUCUUGCUUACAUGCCCUAGUAGUGCUGCAGUCUGGUAAUCUUACAUUUUGUAUGUUUGCUUCCUUAAGUAAUUGCAGCUUUUGUUUGUUUGUUUGUUUGUUUCCUCAAAUCAACAGGUUUAGAUUUGUUGUAUAUUAAAUGGCUUAAUAUUUAGUCAGGAAUUAUAAGUACUAUUAUAGUUUCACUUUGAGACUUCAGAUUUAAAUUCCUACUCUUCCUCUGCAAGAUACUUUUCUAGGAAAGGACUGUGCCAUUACAGAUGUAUUUAAUGUGCACAUCAAAUACUGUGAAUGGAAUUGCUAUUGAAUAUAGGCACAUUUUUUUAAUGCAAUACAGAGUUAUAUCUUCUUUCUCUCUUGCAAUGUGUUAAUUUAAAUGACAUUUCAUUGUAGUCUGAGAUAAAUAUUGUAUCUGUCUGCUACUUUAACUUCUGUUUCAGUAUUCCUAAUUAUUACAAAACCAUUUGCUACUACUACAAAUUGUACUGAGCUUUGUAGUUUGUAUUUUAUUUACUAUUUUACCAAUAAUGCCAUGGUCACACGUUGAACUUUUUACAGUUUUUUAAUCUUUACAGUUGAAAUAGCUUUUCGUUUUUCUAAAAUCUCAAGUGUGAUGUUUUUAUACAAAAGUAGAGCCUCAGAUGUUUGCAUGCCAGUACUUUGUCCCCUGUCAUCUAUGUGUUGAUUGGAGGGAUUUUGCUUUUUAAAUUGUUACUAUUUCUAUUUACUUUUUUUGUUAACGGAUUAUAUUGAUAACUAAAGACUGGCACUCAGAAAGUAAGUGGUAAACUUCUGGAAGUUUGAGGAUUAUUUUCCUAGUGGAUAACAUGAGGCUCAAAAGCCUUUCUUCCUACAGAGGCUCAGAUGUUAUUAAUGACCAGGUACAAAUGAUCUACGUUCUCUUAUGCAUUUUAGUUGAUCUUAUUCAGAACUGUGCUUAGAUUUACACGUCCACCUUCGUUAUUGGGGCCAGGAUGUUUGCAGUCACUAUUUCUUUUAAAAAUAGUCUCUCCACGCUGUUCACCUCCCUAGAAUAAUUUACAUCUGGAUAUAGUAUUGGACUGAAGUUGAACUUUUCUUACUGAACAGAUUUGAGACAUGUCUUCUUAGUUUUAUUUACUGGUAGUGUCUGAAUUUUUUAGCUGAAAAAAUUAGUCAGGAGAACAUGUAAAAUGUAAAGAGGAAAUAGCUUUAUGCAGAGGCUUAAGAAAGAAGAAAGAUAUGACUAAAACUGAGGGGGGGAGGAUUGCACAAUUAACAUGUGGUAAGCUUGUACUUUUAAGUAUGUAGAAACAACAAUGUCAUGAAAGUGAGUAAUCCCUUUACAGGCUGUCCAAAAGAUGUUGAUAAUAUAUGGAGAUGGUGGAAAAGUGGGAAGGAUCAAAUAGAAAGAAAAAUGUGGAAGAAAAUAUGAUGGGCUUUCUGGGACAUGUAAGUGUAGAUUUUAGAUCUGGUAGAUGUAAUUGGGAAGUAUGAAAGUGUAGAUAAAACUGAAGUACUAACUUGUGGGGAGAUGGGGGGGAAGAGAUAUAUAGAGAUCUGGCUGAUACCUUCAAAAGGGAAAAACAAGCAGAAGGAAAACUGAUUAAAAACUCAAUUGAGGUAUUACUGCUUAAUAAUGGAAGGAGAGACAUACAGAAGGUUGACUCUCUUCAUGGAUAUGCAAACCCAAGAAAACAAACUUUAAAAUUGUUAAAAAACACAUUAGCAGACAAAAAAGUUGGAAACAGGAAAGGAAGAUGAGCAAUCUGCAGAUGCUACAUUAAAAAUGAGAAGAUGAGAAAAACCCUUGAAGGAAACAUUUCAUAAGGUACAGACUUCUAAUGGACUUGAGUCUUACAGUUGAUCUGAGGAUUAUCUGGGGAUUUUUCAUAUUUAAAGUGUGUACACUGUUACAUCCCUCUGUGGAUUCUCCAGUUUCUAAUGAGGUUUGGAUCUUGGCUGCAUUAUUUUAGAGAGUGGGCCCAUUAAUGGGAUUACAGUCCUUUGCGCACUUGUUCAUUUUCUUGAGACUCAGAGGUUUAAUAUGUUGAAGCCACAUGUCCUCUGCCAAAUUACUAUGGGGAUAGAGUCAGAUAAAUGAAGUGCAUCAAGCCUCCUUUCUGCUGAAAAGAGAGAGGAAGACAACUAAUUUGUUUUAGAUCCUUAUCACAGAACCUUUUCUAAGAGUUCACGGACUGGCAUUUCAAAGAAACUAUUGGUUGAUGUAAAUUGUGAAGCCGUGAGAAUGUUGGUCCAUGCACCCCACAGGUACACAGCACAAGUAUACCUUCUGUGUUUGACAGUAGAAAAAUGCAUGAAAGCAUUUAGGAGCUGUGAUAAGUUCUGUUUUGGUUGAGAAAAAAAGGCUAUGGCUGUGAGUGUUGUAAAAUCAAUUUUUUUACACAUCUAGGUUACAUAAUUAUUUAUUUAAAUACUACAGAGAACUGACUCCAGAAAAUAACAUAUUGUAAAGUUUCCAGCAGAGAUUGUGCAUGGGAAAGUUAAGGUGAAUCACAGAACCACAGAAUGGUUGGGGUUGGAAGGGACCUCUGGAGAUCAUCUAGUCCAGCCCACCUGCUAAAGGAGGUUCACCUUGAGCAGAUUGCACAGAAAUGUGUCCAGUCAGGUUUUGAAUAUCUCUGAAGGAGAUUCCACAGUCUCUCUGGGCAGCCUGUUCCAGUGCUCUGUCACCCUCAAAGUAAAGAGGUUUCUCCUCAUAUUCAGGUGGAACAUCCUGUGCUUCAGUCUGUGCCUGUUGUCCCUCAUUCUGUUGUUGGGCACCACUGAAAGGAGUCUGGUCCCAUCCUCUUGACAUCCACCCUUGAGACAUUUAUAAGCAUUGAUGAGAUCCCCUCUCAGCCUUUUCUUCUCCAGGCUGAACAGACCCAGCUCUCUCAGUCUCUCCUCAUAAGAAAGGUGCUCUAGGCCUCUAAUUAUCUUCAUUAGCUCUCUGCUGGACUCCCUCCAGUAAUUCCUUAUCCUUCUUAAACUGGAAAGCCCAGAACUGGACACAGAACUCCAGAUGUGGCCUCACCAGGGCAGAGCAGAGGGGGAGGAUCACCUCCCUCAACCUGCUGGUCACACUCUUCUUAAUGCACUCCAGGAUAGCACUGGCCUUCUUGGCCACAAGGUCACAUUGUCAACCUGUUGUCGACCUUCUCUGCGGUGCUGCUUUCCAGCAGGUCGGCCCCUAACCUGUACUGGUACCUGGGGUUAUUCCUUCACAGGUGCAGGACCCCACACUUGCCCUUGUUAAACUUCAUUAGGUUCUUCUCUGCCCAGUCCUCCAGCCUGUCCAGGUCUCACUGAACAGCAGCACAGCCUUCUGGUGUGUCAGCCAUUCCUCCCAGUUUGGUAUCAUCAGCAAACUUGCUGAGGUUGCACUCAGUCUCUUCAUGCAGGUCAUUGAUGAACAGGUUGAACAGGACUGGACCCAGUACUGACCCCUGGGGAACCUCACUAACUACAGGUAUUCAACCAGACUUUGAUCACAACCUUUUGAGCUCUGCCAUCCAGCCAGCUCAUGAAACAUGCAAAAAUUCUCUACUCUUAUACCAUGGGGACAUGCACUCAUAAUAAAGAAAAAAUAUGAUGCAGGAAAGAAAGAGAGAAAGAUAGAUGUAGAUACUUCGUUGUACUGGAGCAAAUGUAAACACUAAUGUAAUUAAUAUCAUGGAAGGACAUGAAAUAUACCUUGUAAGUGAAGUAAAAGAAAAGAAUGGUUGAAGACUCACACCAAGAAAAACCUUAAUUGUUGGCAAAAUAGAUGUAUAUUUAUGGUAAAUACACUGGUAGGCAGGUAAUUCUUGGAUAGAAUAAAAGGUAGGCAAUUAAAACAAGUAGAACAGGAAGUACCUUACAAAGACAAACUAGAAAGCAGUGUGAAUAACUGCUCAUGUAAAUCUCUUGGAGGAAAAAUUGGGGCAGUGUACUUUGAGCUAGUGCAGGAUUGCAUUCUUAGUUCAGUGGUCUAGACAGCUGGAGGCCAUUCAAGACUGCAGCCAAUUAAACAAAUUAAGUAUGAGACAUAGGAUGCAAAGAUUAAAGUUAAUUAUGAAAAGAAAUGGAUGAAGCAGAUUGUAUAGAUGGAAUUUCUUCAUUGCGUCUCAUCCAUCGAGCCUCAUAGUGUGGUUGUUACUUCCAGCCAGCCAUUCUGUGGUUGUUUUGCUUAGAUGGCACAUCUAGUUUGAUCUGCUGUCUGAAAGAUAACAGACUGCCCGUCUCAAGUGUCUGGAAAGCAGCUACUGCAUUGAAGGUGUGAAGCAGAUGCGUGAAUAUUAGUUAGCACUGUGCAGAGUAUGAUCCAACCUUGCACAGCUAGUUUGACUGUUAUUCUACAAAAACACGGGUUUGUUCUCCUUCAGAGGAACUCUCUUUGAGAAAAUCUGCAAGGCAUCUUUUGAGCAGUUUUGCUAAUUACAUAUUUGGGGUAUCUAUGGCAGAAGCUGAGAGAGCAAAUUAACAUCUACCUCUAACCAGAACAAGAAUACUGAGAUGAGAGUAACUUAACAAGUAGUGGGGAAUUACAAAAUAAUAUCCCAAAGCAAUCUCUGUAAAUAUUCUAGAACCUUACAUACUAGCUUUCUUAAUCAGAUGUGGCAGUGUCUUAAGUUCUGAUCCUAUCAUACAGUACUUUGUAUAUAGAGAUUUCUAACGGGUGUCUUCAUUUUUCCCAUCGUUAUUUGCUACAGCAAUGAUUUUUAUUGUAAGUCUGAACAGUCUGUUUUAGUUGAAAGUUUAAUUUAAAAUAUAAUGUGGGAUUGUAAUUUAAUUGAAAUAUAAUAAUUGGGAAUAAACCUUAGAUGAAAGAGAAUUUAAAGGGUUAGAAUCUAACUGGAUAUAAUUCAAACAUUUUAAAAAGGAAAAAAAAAUUAAUUAGGGACAACCAACGUGCAUUUAUUAGAAGGCUAGCCUGCUUAGAAUGUUGAGAUGGCCAACAAAGAAAGCUGAAUAGAUGUUUAUUUUGACUUGCAAAAAGAAUGUUAGAAAUUAAUCACAUCCAAUACCGUUGGCUAAGGCAAGAAGUCUUAUUGCCAAUAUAAUACCGUUUGUUAAAUAGAAAACUGGUUUACCACUUUAAGGAAACCAUAGAAAUAGAAAACAACAAUUAUUUUAAUAGUCAGAAAUUACUAGUGCUUACUGUAGGGAACGAUUGUAGGUCAUCUAACUUAGAAACAUACAAAAGUUUCCAUUAUUGCAUCACUGUGGUUAUAAAUUCAGGAAAUGAAAAUGAUAUGAUUUAUAAAGUAAAGUUACUUGGCUGUGCUGCACUUCAUGUGUUUGUUACAGCAUUUGAACAGACUUUUAGUACUGUUGAUUCAGUGGGCAAAUCUGAUUUCAAAUGUUCCUUUCCUGCAAAAGAUUCUCCCAGGGAGUUUGAAGAAGUUCUUUUCUCUUAGGGGAAGUCUCCUGGCAUCAAAAUCCAACAGGAAUAGAGAGCUACAGGCUUGUUGCUGUCAUAAUCCUAUCAACAUGAGCUUUUUUCUUUUAUGAUGGUCUGAGCAGUCUGUCACUGUAUUUUUGAGAACUGGUUGAUGCACAAAAGUAAGUUGGCUGGCAGAAGCUCAGUCCAAAGAUAAGAAAGAAAAUAGUGGUUCUAGUUUAGGGAAAACUACCAGAAAAUUUGAGCUAUGAAUCCUGCUAGAUUCCUAACUGUUGGCAAUGAUCAAGUAGCAUCAACGGCCAAAAAACAUUUUUCCAUCUGUAUUUUUGUAGAAGACUUGAGAGUAGAGCACUAUGUAGUGCAGACUUCUUUUGUCUGCCUGUUAUUAGCUAUUUGCGACACAUGUUGUAUUGAACUCUAUUUUAACCCCCCCUUCAUAACCCAAAGCUGAUAAGGAACAUGGUAGCCUGCUUGCUUAAGUGGCUCUGUCUAAAACAACCCUUUUCAUUUAAUACAACAGAUGAGUUUUUCUUGUCAUUGCAUGACUCUGGAAACUGGGUGUGAAGAAAAAAAAAUCAACAAAUAUCCUAAGACUCAUGAUAAAAUCGUAAGUUAAUAAUGCUGUUGGUGUUCUUGGAGUGGUAUUUAAAAUAUUGACUUUGGCCUAUGGAACACCUGAAGGCUUGGAACUUGUCUAGGCAGUUUAUUCUAACAGUGAGCAACAGGGGAGCUCAAGAAAAAGAUCUCUAUUUAAAGGAGAGCAGCUCCUGGCAAUGUUCCAUCAAUAUUGCACUUCAGUUCUCUCAUUGCCCCUAUUUUUAUCUUACCGAGUUUAUUGCUGGAAUUAGAAGAGCUUGUAAAGAUUUUGUGGAUCUUGAGGCUUUUUUCCUACAACCACACUGAGAGUUCUGUGCUGUUAGCAAUGCUGAAUUUGCCUUCAUACCAGAUCUGCAGAAAAUUUCUACAGAUUGAAAACUUUUUAUACAUAUUUGCUCAUAUUCAUGGUUUCUCAAAUAUUUGUUUUGCAAAGUUCUUAGAUUUAGUUCAGGUAGCUGUAAAAGCAAUUUAACACAUUGUUGUGAACUUCAGAGAGAACACUGUGGUUGAACGAUACUUCAGCUCAGAAGAGUCAUGCUUGUUACAGAAUGUAAAAUUAUCAUUGAAAGACACACCUAACAAGAAUGGUUUGAACUUUGAAAUACAUGUUACUUGAGUUCGGACCAAAAAUAACAUGUAUUACCCGAUACAAAUUUUGGAAAACAUGAAAAAAAAGUUUUUAAAUGCUGUUUUUUACUGUGUUAGAUCUGAGACACAAUUAUGACUUUGAAAUAAAUUGAAAAAAUAAUUACUUGUAGCUAUAAAUAGUCCCAGCUUAUGAGGAUAGUUGACAUUGCACCUCCCUGACAGGAGCUCUGACAUUGAAAGAGGUGCAUAACAAUGGAUAAAGCCUUUCAAAAUGCAGGAUACCUGCCCUCCAAGUGCUGUAUCUGCACACAUGGGUACGUACUGCAAGUCUUCUGAGAUGUGCGACGUCCUUUCACCCCUGUAGCUCAGACUCAGACUGCAGGCCUCAAAAGAAGUGUGUGCUAAUGACGUCUGUAUGCCUACUUGAACAGCCUCAGUCACGGUGUAUCACUAAGUAUUCUCCAAAUUUGCUAAUAAUAAAAGAGAAUUGUAGAUUUAGCAUAAAAAGAAACAGUUCAACUGUGUUAUGUCAAGUGAUCGGGAUAUCCAGACCAGUGUAGAGCAGCUGGAGCUUCAUUAGACAUUCAUUAUGUAAAGGCUUGCAGCAUAAAGCAGAAGAGCAAGUAGGUGUGGUUAAGUUACAACUUAAAGGGUAUAGGCUUGUUUGUGGUGGUAUUAUUUAAUCUACUGACUGCUCAUAGUCAAAUAGAAUUUUGCUUAUUGCUUUUACUCUUGGCAAUAAAUUAAAUAUUGAAAUCAACAACUUGUUACUACUUAUAUCUCUCUUGAGCAGCUAUCUAAGUGACAAGCAGACAUUGCUUCUGGGUGAGAGUGGGAGGACGGAAAAUAGCUCACUGUUGCAGUAUGUGGAAAUGGAAUUCAAAAGAGAUUUGAAGAUCUCCUAUAUGCCAGCAAAACUUUUUUUUUCUUUUUUUUCUUUUAUUUCUUUUAGCAGAGAGGUUAGUUAGAAAAUGAGGAAUACCACUUAAGCACAUUAUUUCACUUGAUGUGCAGUCAUGGUAAGAUGAAACGUGGCACAGACAAAGUGAGAUGAGGUUUGUAGCUUUGGCAUUUCUAUCUUCUCUCUGAUGGUUCAGCGUUGCCUUAAGACAGCAGACUUCCUUGGGCAGUGAUGACAGCAAGGCUUACUUUGAAUACUAAAGUCUGUAACUGCCAUUCCCAGUUCAGCUAAAGAAGGCAUUGUCUUCAUAGGUCUGAAUACUUUCUAGUAGUUUGUGUCCUCAUUUCUAACAGAUCCUGAGCCAACUUUUUACAGUCGUUAGAGUGUCUGAUUUGAGAUAAAGCAAAAUCCCUUGCUCUUAGUUAAGAUAAGAAGCUAUGUCUCUUACUUAGUCAAAUAAAACAUUCGGAAAUGACUGUACUGUAAUCUGUAAGUAAAUACAUGGAAGAUUUUGAAUAGAAAGGGAUCUUAAUUGUGAUGCUGAGGGAGUUAAAUGCAGAAAUAAUUUCCCUUACUCCAGUAAGGGCUUCAGAAAAGAACAAACAGUUGCGAUGGAAUAGGAACUUACUACAUGUAAGCUCAUUCAUGAUGAUAGUCCAUGCCCACUUAGCCUUCAGCAAACACAAAGCAAUUUGAAUGAGCUUAGUUCUCAGAGGAUGUAAAGUAUCUUGAAUUUGUCAUGGGCCAGGGUAAGUGCACAAAUUGUUGGCAUGAUGUUCUGAUAUAUAGUAACUCUUUGUUCUGCGGUGACUUGUUCCCAUGUUAAAACUUCUGCAAUUUUUAAAACCAGACAAGAUAUCUUGCUUGAAGUUUGGUUCUAGUUCAAACAAUAAUAGCUGAGAUUUGUACAGAAACACUGUGAAUUGUCUGUAAGACCUGAAAUUGUCAUAACUGAUGUAACUGUCAGUCUGUCAAAUCAAUGAUUGACAUAACUGUCCUUUCUAGCUCAGUUACUUUUCCUACAGAGAGGAUUUUAAGGCCAAGUUUUGUUAACAUGCUAAGUCGAAGUUUUUAACAUGAUUUUACUGUCGACUGUGCAAGACUUAGAUUUACUCCACAUAUGUUUACAUUAUAAAGCCUCUGAGUAUUAAUUAGUAAAUACGACCGUUCUCAAACUUAGAGCUAGAUAAUAGGAAAAGCAACUAGUUCAUUUGUAAGAAAUUAAUUUCUGUGUGAUUACAUGUCCCAGUGUUUUUAACCCUGAAGCAAUACAAAUUCUUAAAUUGAAAAUGAAGCACUAAAUCUUUCCUUAGAAAGAUGCACACUGUACUGUGUGCAUCAUUCCUGAAACUGUUUUACUUUGAAGCACGGAAGGAACACUUAAUUUUUAUUUACUAUUAUGAAGGAAACUCUUUGAUUACAGGAAAAAAAAAAGCUGACAAAUAUGAAAAUAUGACUGUGAUUUGGGCAAAGUUCCAGAGACGAGAAAGAGCGAUGCUUUUAUCUUCAGAGGGUCUUUGACUGCUACAUUUAUUCCAUUAAUAGCUCCAGUAUGGCUAAUGUCAUAGUUUGUGCAUUUGCCUCUGUGUCUGGCCUUUGUAUAAACUGCAGGGGAAGGUAUUUUGAUGUUUAACUCUGCUGGGAAAUAUGGUAGAAUAAUAUGUUGUCUCUUAUUUCCCUGGAUUACAUGGAACACCAUGUUAAAUUUCAGGUUUGGACAAAUGCGUUUUUUCAAACUUUUAUUCUUCCCAAUUUGAAUAUUAAACUCUUUGCAUUAAGAAUAUAAUUAAACAAAAGUCGUUGCAAGUUCUGUAUUCUUACAAAUAGUUUCUGCUAUAGUUUUAGCAGUUCAAAAGACUCCAGUGAAAUUAUUUGAACAGACAACUUAAACACUGCUGGCCAGUCUAAAGGAAAGGUCAGAUCCUAUCCAUAUAUAAAAGGAACUGAGGAAUGAAAGCACAUAACUGUGAGCUUCAGUAAAGCCUAUGUGCUUUGAUCAGACCCAUGAUCUAUACAUGCAUCCAUUCUAUUCUCAUUCAGUAUUUAUUAUUAGGCAUAGUUUUGCCUGUUGAAUGCAGAGAUUUAAUAAGGAAAUGCACUAUAGUUCCUAUUCAGCUGUUUCCUGUUGUAAUUUUUGCCAGAUAGAUGAGUGGAGAAUGUCUAUGGAUAUAUAUAUGUGGGUUUAAUGCUGAAUAAAAUCAUAAUGACUUGUAAAUUAAUUUUUAAAAGCAGGUGAAGAAAAAAAUCUGUCAGCUAAAAUUAUUUUACAUUAUAUACUUUAGUUGAAGUGAAAGGAUUCCAUCUACGCACACUAAUUUAUGUGUACUGGAGGAGGAUAAAUCACAGGACCUGGAACUUAUAUGUCAUUGGCCAUGCCAGGAUUUUGGAAUGCUCUGCAGAUGUGUAAUUUGAAAAUAUAGCCUACCUAACCUUGCCUUCCAAAAACAAAGAUAAAUGAGAUCACUGUGUAACUCGAUGAACUUCAGUCUGACCUCAUUGCAUUGUUUCUUAGCCAUACGCUUCAUGGUGAUGCAAAGGCAAAGAACAUGGCUAAAACGUGCCACUGUCUCCUUCCAGUAGAAGAAAAGCUAUUCGGUUUAGCUGAAGAUUGUACAUUUAGGUUUUUAUUAUACUGUAUCAUUUUCAGCAAAGGUGUGUUCCUCACAAGUUCUAAUAACAGGUUUGCUUAUAAAGAUUUGAGUUUUCAAAUAAUUUGAUGAAUGUAAGUAAUUCCUACCUCUGAAAGGUACACAAAAAUAAGUGUUAUCCAUGUGUUAGAGACAAGGAAAUACUAUUUCUAGUUGCCUGUGCUAGGAAUAGGAUAACCAAGCAAAAUAAACUCAUCCGAAACACUUCACAGUGGCAUAGUAAGGGUUAGAUCUACAGAGCUAAUAAAUGGUCUUUUAAAAUACAGAGUACUCACUAAUGGGUGCUCCUGAAAAACGAAGGUUGUCUAUUUCUAAUAAUUCCUAAUGGAGCUUUUUAAUUGAAAAUUGUGUUUGGUAGUAUAAUAAGAUCUUGUCUUGUGCAGGUAUAUCUUCAUGGUGUGAUUUGGAAAAGUCAUUCUGGAAGGAAAAAUGCUUGUAAUUCACAAAAUCUGUGAUGUGAAACUGUGCUGAAAAAGCCAUAUGGAAAUUAUGGCAACAGGCUGAAAAACAUGGAAACAUGCAAGGGAAAAGAUAUGGAUCCUUAACAUAAGUUUAACACUAUAUGAUAAGAACAGGAGUUCUGCUCAACCACUUAUGUCCACUGGAGCUAAUAUUUUCGUCAAUAUGUAUGUUGUUUUGAGUUGAAUCACCAUGAUAUAGAGACACGUCUUUGCAAUAAAAAGGACAUACAUACAUUCCUAGUUGCUCUUAUGUUUGGAAUGUUAUGGGAUUUUUUUGUUUUCUUCUGUCAGUGUAUAAGAUCAAUGUACAAACAUUAAAUAUCAAAGAUGCAUUAAUCCAUCAAUACUUGCCCCCAUGGCACCCUCACCAUUCCUGAACAUCUUUAUGAGCCACUGAUUUUCAGCCUCCUGAAGUUUUUAGGCCCAUGCACCAACCUAAACUAGAAAAAAAACAGAACAUGGGAGACGCACAGUCAAGGGACAUGGUGAGCAAUCCUGUGCUUUGGUCUUGCAAUACCUUUGGCAUAGCGAGCCUUUUGGCCUGCACUUUACUCCUUACUGAGAUCCAAAGUAAAAUGACACAGUUUUUUAAUACCUUAUUGUUUAUAAUCUGGUUAGUUCCCAACCUUGUUGUUGGUGAAAACAAGGUAAGAUUUAGUCUGGAUUCUUACAUUAUGCUUUACAUAAAUUCAGUUUACUUCUGUUAUCCAUUAUGUGAAACUAAUCUUUCCAUAACAGACUCAGACCUCACUGCUAAGAAACCCAGUUGCAGUCUGUAAAUUUAAAAUAUUGCAUGGUUUAAUAUUUUUACUAAGAAUUUUUGAUCUCUCUUUAGUUAUUAUUUCAUUACAUCAUGUCUUUGGUUUGGUCCCUUGUUUAAAAAGAAGGCAGAUGUUUAAUGCUGUUUCAUUCUUUCAGUUUUUACCUUAUUUUUCCUCUUAAAAUUUUGAAAACCGAACUCACAAAUUCUGAUUCCUAGUUCUGUUUUUUUUAUACUGGUAUUUGUCCUUAUUUACAUUAGAGUAUGAGAGGAGUGUAGCCCCACAGGAACAUUUGCUAUGUGGUGCUGGUUUGCUUACGUUUUUGCUCUUUUAAAAGAAUUACAUUUUAAUGUUAAUCAAAACUGUACUCACCUCCUACCAUCUAGCACAAUCAUCUUAGCGAGAAAUAAUUGGAUUUCUUUUUAAUCUGAUUUUAUAAGGGUUGCUUUUCAUUUAUAUUAAAAUGCUGCACAGGAAAUUUUAGUUGUAUUUUCUUGUUUAUGGAAGCUGAUGUCUGAUGCAGUUGAAUAACAGGAAUUACCUGUAUUCCAGGGUGUUUUGCUCUUGGACUGAGAGGUUUUAUAUGAUGCCACAUCCAAAGACUUCCUAUGACUUUCUCAAAUACUUUAACAUCACUUCCUCUAUUCUGAAAGUUGGGGGUUCUUUUAUUUUUUAUUUGUAGCAAUGUCUCAUCACGGACUUGCAUUGUAGCAGAGAUGAAUUCUGAUUAUUGAAGGGAUUUUAAAAUUACUUAUAAUUAUUUGUUUUAGAAAAUCAUUAACGCUUACAUUUUACAAAUACAGAUGCAAUAUGGGUAUUUUGAUUUGCAAGACAAUGUAAUGUGUUUUACAUUUGAUUAGGGGCCUAUAGUGUAAGUCUUCUUUUAUAGAUUAAGGUACAGAGCAACUUUCUUAGUUUUGUAACAUUCUUAUUAAUUUGAAUUAAUCCCCAUUUCAUUCUCCCCACACCUUAUUUGUAUUGCUAUAUUAUGUUAACAUAGGUAUUGUCCAUAGGUGAGCAACACAGGUGUACAGAGCUGCUAGUGGUGAAAUAUGACUGUACAGAGUGACAGUGAGUUUCAGGUAGUCAUCUGUACAUUGGCUUCACUGGUCAGUUCAUGGCUCUGAUUAGCAUUACAUUUCAGCUAAUAUAUGAAAGACAUAUACCUGAUGUACAAGUUAAAAUGGCAUGAAGUAGAUUGUGUUUCAGACAAAAUUAAUUUGGAACUGCAAGACUGGAAAUGCUUCUCACAUAAAGACUGUAAGAGCUGCUGUGCUGAGUCACACCAAAGGCUCGUUUCUCCCAGUGCCUCUUUCUGAUGAUAGCUGGCUCUGGCUCCCUUCGUACCAGUGUAAGAACAUGUGAGGUGUACAGUGAUGCUUCACCUGCUAUUCUUUCCCAUUUUCCUGCACUCUUUAGGGAUUUCCUGAAUAUGGAGGUUGCAUUCACAUCUUUCUACCUAAAAGAAUGCUGCUUCCGUAAAUUUGUCAAAUUGACUGGGGAAUGUAUUUAUACUUCUAGUAUCUAUAGUGUUCUUUGGCAGUAAGUUUCACAGUUUGAUUGUACUUUGUAUGUAGGAAACAUACUCCUUUUAAAGCGACCAAUGACAGAACCCGAGGGAAUGGCAGGAAGAUGUGCCAGGGGAGGUUUAGGUUGGACAUCAGGAGAAGGUUCUUCACCCAGAGGGUGAUGAAGCACUGGAACAGGCUCCCCAGGGAGGUGUCACAGCCCCAAACGUGACAGUGUUCAAGGAGAGACUGGACAACACACUCAGACACAUGGUGUGAACUGUGGGGUUGUCAUAUGCAGGGACAGGAGUUGGACUCGAUGAUCCUUUUGGGUCCCUUCCAACUCAGGACAUUGUAUGAUUCUAUGACCCAUAUUCAUGCAUAGGUAAGUAAAUGCAGACAUUAAGAAUAUUAACUGGGGGGGAAAAGUUUAUAACAUGCACUCUCAUUUAACUAGAUCAGUCUGAUGCGCUUUGUAGUUGGGUUUAGAUGCAUAAUUUUCCUCCAGUGAGCUUUGUUCUUUUGUGGCAUAUUGUGUACGGCUUGUGUAAGGCAAAACAGAUGUGGUGAAAAACAACAAAGAAGUUGCUUCUCUCUGUAAGUUAUGUUUCGAAGUCCAUUUUCUCCUAAUAAAAUGUGUAGUAAUUCCAGUUACAAAUAAGAUUCAGGAAAUAAUGCUAGGCACCAAACACUCAUCGUGUUACAUUUUCUGGCAGAUGGAAGUGAAGCAAAUGUUCAAGUAUGUGGGCUAUCCUAAAAUUGGCAAUUUAUUAGGAAUAUUACAAACAUUCCAGGUGUCUUCUGUUACAACAGUGUAUGAAGUCAUUUAUUCCUCUAUACAUAUGUGUAAGUUGGUAUUAUGUAUAACAUGACAUUUGGGGGUGAAAAGGGGAGCUGUAGGAGGAGAGAAUUUUCCCUCUUAGCUCCAUGAUAAGCUGUUUUUAUGUAGAUAGAUGUGCAUUUAUGUAUGAAGGGGACAAAUUCUCUCCUUCCUAAAGUAAAGUAAUAGGGUUGGGUUUUUUAACAUACAGAAGAAUAUCUGAGAACAUGCUACAUUAAUAUUGUUUUUAAGAGGGAGAUGUUCUCACCUCUGUAUACCCUUUCAUCCUGCUGUAAUUUCAUCCAGUUACAGGAUCAUCCUGAUACUGUGUCAGAUGUAGAUGAUUGUUCAUGAUCAGUAUUGCCACAUGGAGAAAAGCUUUUCUUUUCCAUAGAAAUGACUUACCUGGCUUCUGAUCAUUCAAUGAAUUAUUAGCUUUUCUGGAACCUGUACCAAGGUUCUGCCGUGUGUGUAUGGCUUGAAGGAGUACACAAGAUAGGAUCUUGGUGGUGUGGGCGAGGGAGAGAUUACACUUUGGGCAUAUUUCUCACUGUAGGUUUCUGUUUCUUUGCUAAUCUUUUGUGUCAACAGCAAAUAACAGUAACCAGUUAGUUACACUCAAGUCCUAGGUGGACCUUUGUCUAAGCACGUUUUAUAUAAUCAUGUGUUUUAAUUGUAAUGGUUGGUCUAUGUUAUCAGUUGGUAGCAUGUACAAUAGGAUGGUGUGGUCUCCCUUUUAAAUACGUGAUGGUUUGUGUUCAGUGUGAGCUUCAUUCUUUUUGCUCUUUGUAAUAUGUAACACUUGGAUACAUAAUUCCUGUUUUAUUUUUAGUUUUUGCGUGGAUGUGCUUCAGCUGUAGGGUGAUUUGGCCAUCUAUGGAAAUGUUUUCUUUGCCUGAAUGAUUUGCAAUCAUAUUUCCAGAAAACUUCAAUUGAGAGUGGAAAAAAAUUAUUCAAAAUGGCAUACAACAAAGAAUGGCAAUACUUUUUUUCCCUAUUUCCAUGAUAAAAACUAGCUGUAAAUAAUACUUUUGAAAGUAGCCUUCUAGCUACUGAAAUUUGUUUUCAGGUAGCUACAAUGCUGGGGCUGCAUGCUGCUAUAUAUUAAUAACAGAAGGUCACCACAUGUUUUAGGUGCUUCCAUUGGUCAUUUCGUUGGAAUAAAGUAGUGAGUAAUUUUAAUUUGUUGUAUUAAUAUUUUAAAGCAAUUCAGUCCAGCCUAAAGGUAUGUUAUGUAAUUUAUACUUAGGUACUUCAAUAAAUGGCUUGAUGUUUCAGUGAUGCUGGACUUCUGACACCCUGAGCUUUGCAAGUUCUCACCACUUCUGAAAACUAACCAGUGCUCUGGUUAGCAUUCACAUCUGAGUUAGGAAUCUAACUGUGAGCACCUCAUUUGAAAAACCUGGUCUAUAUUCCUUCCUGUUUAUUUUUGUCAUACCACGUUGGUGAAAUCUUGAUAUCAAGUCAUGUGAUAUUGUACUUUUUACAUUCCUGGGUGUCACUUUACUUCUGCAGCUUCCUCUGCAGUGUAUUUGUGAAAGAGGUUCUUCACAGAACUUACUACCAAGUGUGGAGAGCCAAAUAUUGGCCUCCAAGCAGGCUGAAGUUCAUGUAGAUGCUUCUGUGGUAAGGGAAAAGAGUAAGAUUCAGCAAGGAUUCUUUUGGGGAUCAACUGUUUGUAAUACUUCUUAGUGUUUAAGCCUUGAUUCAGCAAAGCUGUUAAACAAGGACUUAUUUUUAGAGGAGAUAAGGGUCCCAUCUCUGUUGCUUAGAGCUCUUCAGUGAGUUUUUAACUACUAAUGGAACAGUUUAAAUACUUGAAGUUCAGCAUGUUCUUAAAACCCUUACUGAAUAUGGGAAUUUUGCUUAGUGUUUUACUUAAUCCUGGUCUCUGCUGGUGCUCCUUAAAGAAAGGAUCAGUUUGGGAGUAUAUGCAUGGCAAUACACGAAAAAGUAUAUGGCUGAAGUAACUGAAUGCUUCCCUGAGUGCCUGUGUUAUAGAAUCUUUGUCUAAUGCCCAGUAAAAGAGUGAAAACCAGCAUUUUUGAGUGGUUCCUUUUUGUGUGUUCUCCCGGUUCUCUUUUCUCAAUACCCAACCUGAGAGAACUUUUCUGUUUUAAACACUGUCAAUCGAAUCUGUUGGCACUUACUUUGAAUGCAGAAAGUGCUAUAAAAUGCUAAGAACUUUGGGAUAUCAGGCAAUGAAUGCCCAGAGCUUAAAUUAAGUAAAAAAUGUUGGCCUUUAUUUCUGUAGCGCAGUUUUUUUAAGAUAAUUGGUGUGUUCCUUCACAGCUGAUAUUAUUUUCAUGCAGUUUCUCUGUAUGUUUAUCUGGGGAUUAUUGGUUUUUGUGUUUUUUUCCGUGGAAAUAAUUUCAGUGAGUGUCCUGAACAUCUAGGAAAAAAAACAAACUGUGGUCUCACAUAUGAGCUUUGGGAGAAUUUCCUUGGGGAUAUUGCCAUCAGAAAAAGCCUAGUCUUUUCAGGUUGACAUUUCUCUCUUUUCAUCUAAAAGCUCUUUAUUCCCAGGUGAGAGCUUUUGCACUCAGUCAUAUUUCUGUUGCAUGAGCAGUUUGUAAGCAAGCAUAACCUGGCAGAGCUUCCCACAUGAAUGGUUGCAGUGAAAUAGCUACCCUCAAAGAGAGCACAGAAGAACAUGGUCUCCACAAACAAUUCUUCCUUCAUUGUCACAGCAUUUUUGGUAGUUACUAAGACUCAGCAGUCAUUCUCGGAGUCUUUGCUUUGGAGCAUCAGGGCCUUCAAAACAGAAAAUAAGGUCCACUGAGCUUGAGGUACCUGCCUGUAGAUAGAGAAAGCAAAUAUGCGGAAAUACUUGCUUGGGUGGCACAGUAGCUGUCUGGCUUCAGCCUGCUGGCUGUGUUGCACUCUCCCUUUCUGCAUCCCUCAGUAGUCCUGAGACAAGGUCUCAUCCUGAUUCUGCAGUAGAAGAAGCAGAAGAAGUCACCAGCAAGCAGAUUUGUAGCACUUCCUUCUGGCUUGCAGCUCAUUGCCUGAGAGUUUCUUACGUUGGUAUUUAGUGGGUUUGUAAGCACAGAUAUUGGACUUCUGUUGUCAUUAGAGCCGAAUUAUUUUUACAUUUGAAAGAAGUCCGAUGUCAUUAAAGAGCUAGGUACCUUGUAGGGUUAAAGGACCAUAAAACUCUGAGUUGGAGUAAGAACAUUGUUGUCUGAGGUAUGACUUUCACUGUGCUUUCCCCAGAUUUCCCACUUUCCCAGAUGAAGAGCUUUUCCCAUAUUUCCUGACAUUUGCAUUCAGGUCAGCUUCAUCCUUUUUUGGUCAACAAAACAAAUUUGCUAGAUUGCUUGUAGCUAGUAAGGAAAUACUUGUCAGCAACAAAAGACUUGGCCAGCAAAGUUUUGGGCAUUUUUUGUAAGUAUUACUGUGCUUGGAACCAGUGGGAUCCCUUUCAAAACUUAAAGACCACCACUGAAAGUAAUUUGCAAUUUGCAACGGGGCAUAGGGACUUUGCAGACUACUACUUAUUGCUUGUCGUGAUGCUACCAGUCACCAGACAUCACAAAUGCUCAAGAAAAUAGUUUCAUUGUUUUUUUCCUUGUGUCUUUUUCUGAUUUUUCAGUUAACAUUGAUGGUGAUACUGCAUUGAGAUAAGCUUGGUUAUGCUGCCUUGCUGUGAUGUUACAGAAUUUCAUACUGGCUUUUAAAACAUUUUUAAAAGUAGUGCAUCAAGGCAUUUCACUGUUCUUGUACUUAAGUUCAUGUAGCUCCAACUUGUUUUUAUAUAAUACAAAAUUUUUCAUGGAACUAUUGGUCAUAUAUUUAAGAUGGAAAACGGCAAUGUGUAUGAUACUAUUUAGGUAGUCAUGAUACUGCUUUAUAUCAGAUGCUCUCAAUGCAGUUUUGAUAUUGCAAUCAUUAGUGUGUUAUCAGAGGGAGACUGUGUGAACCUCUUAUGUAAAGAACAUGAAGAAUAACACCAAAGGAAGGCAAUGCUAUUUAACUUGACUAUUAUAGCUUUGUAUAUGAAGAUUUUAUAUCUCAUUUGCUUCCAUAAAAAAUACUAAUAGGAAAGUCCCUCUGAUGAUUUCAGGUGGCACCUGGAUCUUUUUCAACAAAAUGGUUUUGAAAAUAUUUGAGGAGUUGUUUGGACUUUUUUGCAGUUUUGUUGAUUUCUCUUGUCUUCUCUGUUUGUGUGUUGAGGGAGACAAUGAGGAGAACAUAAGAGAAGCCCAGUGUAUAAACAUCUUUCUUGUUAUGAUUUAAUUGCCAGAAUAAGUUCCACUACACAGUGAGAAGGAAACAAAAAGGAAGCAUACAUUGUAAUUCCAUCUGAGUUAUUCUGUUAUGGAGGUUGUUCAUUUUUCUUAUUCAAAGAUGUUUCCUUUCUUACAGUAACCUCUCCCCUUCUCUGCAUCAUUUUUGUUGUCUGUGAAGUCAGCUUACAUGAAUCUGUGCAUGUUUUACUGACCUAGAACUGGUUAAUUUAAUCACUAAAAUAACCAUUGCACAGCAAGGUGUUAAGACUCCAGGUUUUGUAUAUAUACUUGUUCUAAGAAGUCCUCAGGAAAUGCAAAGAAAAUGUGUUUAUGUGAUAUAACUACAGCUGCAUCAAAAGGAGCAUGGCCAGCAGGUGGAGGGAGGUGAUUCUGCCCCUCUGCUCUGGUGAGACCCCACCUGGAGUCCUGCGUGCAGCUCUGGAGCCCUCAGUACAGGAAAGACAUGGACCUGUUGGAGAGGGGCCAGAGGAGGCCACGAAAAUGAUCGGAGGGCUGGAACAGCUCUGCUGUGAGGACCGGCUGAGAGAUUUGGGGUUGUUCAGCCUGGAGAAGAGAAGGCUUCAGGGACAUCUUACUGUGGCUUUGCGGUACUUAAAAGGGAUCUGUAAGAAAGGUGGAGACAGACUUUUUAACAGGGCCUGUUACAAUAAGACCAGGGAUAAUGGUUUUAAACUAAAAGAGAGGUGAUUCAGGUUACACAUAAGGAAAAAAAAAAUUAUUAUCUGGCUCAAGUUGCCCAGAGAAGUGGUAAAUGUCCCAUCCCUGGAGAUGUUCAAGGCCAGGCUGGAUGGGGCUCUGAGCAACCUGAUCUAGUUGCAGAUGUCCCUGCUCAUUGCAGGGGGGUUGAACUGGAUGACCUUUGAAGGUCCUUUCCAACCCAAAUUAUUCUAGAUUCUAUGAGCUUUUAAAAAAAAAAAAACACCUUAUCAAAAAUAAGUUGUCCUGUGUUAAACUGAAUUUCAUGUAUGUUCUUGUUAAAAGUCCCAAAGUUUCACUUCGGUCUGCUGCAAAAAGGCACUUACUUGUCACAGCUGUCUGCCAGAACACAUUUAAAUUGGGACAAAAUAGGAUUUGCAGAGUGGCCAUAAGAAGGGUGAAUUAGUUCUGUGUACAACAGUGGCAGGUUGGCCCAGCGGACUUGCGACCCAGAGGGAUCCUGAGUCACCACAAUCUGUUCUGUGGGAGAUGGAAGGCAGUAUGACCUGGCUCUUGGACACGUUUUCAGCAGUCAUGAGAAAACAACUUGUGGGCUAAGUGAUGCUAUGGUUCUCCAUGCUAUUCCUGGCCUUGUGGGCUGUGGUGCUACAGCAGAUGGUUCUCGUCCAGUUGGGUGGAUUUGAAAGAUCAGAGCAAGGUAAGCACAGGAAAAGCACUCGGUUGAUCAGGAGAGGGAAGUGAAUGAAGAGGGUUGAACAGGCCAUGUUUAUUUUCUCCUUUUUGCCUUGUUUUUCCCUUCUAUCUUCUAAAUUCUGUAUAAAUACAUAUAAAUACCCUAACGAGUGAACAGUAAGACCAUUUUGGGAGGAGAGGACAACAAAAACCUUCUGUUAAUGUUUCCAUACUCAGCUAAUGUUCUCACUUCCUGUAUUUACUUGGAGAGUCUUUAGUUGUGUUUGCAAACUCUUAAUCCACGAACUUCUCAAAUGUGUUAGUAGCUAAAAUAAAUUAAUAUUAGCUUUCUGGUGUCACAGAACAUAAAUGGGAAAGACAGAAAAAGAGCCUGGAACUUCUUAAACAUCCUUGUUUUUUAAAAUGCAAUCUUUGCGGUAUGUAAAUACAAGACUUCCUCCAACCAUAAAAUCUGGCUUCUCAGGACUUAAGUGUUUCAGGAGGUAUAAAAUCUAACUUUAAAAAUACUUUAUAUUCAUUUUAUAAUCUAUUAUGAAAGAGUAAUAAUUUUAUUCCUGAGACUUGCUAUAAAAUUCUUGAGUAAUGGGCCAGACAUACUUAAGAAUAUUACUUCUGCAGCCACUGACAGAGACAUAGAUCUAGCUUGCAGCAUUCAUCUUCUAGACUGGGAAAAAUUUCUGCUCAUAGAACAGCUAUUUUUACCUUGUUUAGACAGAGUUUGGCAGGAGGAGAGUUGUGUUUUGAGCUUUUCAGAUAGUUCAGAAUUUUAAAUUGUGAAUUCUAGUUUCCUAGCAGUGCUUGCUAUGUAAUUAUUGUCACUGAUAGCCCCUGGAAGCAUUUGGUAAUAUUUUGAUUCCUUUGGAGAAUCUCUGCAUUCCAGAGAAUAUCAGCUUGAGAAAUACAGAUAAAAUCUGUGCUAAGUCUAGUCAGGUUCCUUUUUUUUUUUUUUUUUUUUUAAUUAGCUAUAAAUACUCUAAUGUCUGCAGACUUUUUUAACCACUGUGCGUCUGACACGAGUCAGUUGUAUUGCUGUACACGUUUACACGGUCUAUUACUAGUCUGCUGCCAGGCACUAAUAAAAAUAUAUUAACCCUCUGAUCAAAUUUUAUUAUUUUUCUCAUUUUCUUUCUAGACAGUUUAUGGUUCCAUGGGAUUCUUUAAUUCACAGCCAUGAUGCACUGUUAAUAGGCUUUAGUAUCUUGUCUUCUUGGCUUCAUGCCAAGCAGAAGUCUCAGCUGUCUUUUGAACAAUUAUAUGUGUGGCAAAUACAUAGCACUGGGACUCUGUGCGUCUGUAAAUGUGGGGAAAUGGGACAAAUUUCUUUCAGCAUAUUGCAGUUCUUUAUAUGUAAAUUUACCCAUAAGAAAUAUAUUUGUGAACAAAACAUCAAUUGCAUAAACUUAGCCUUAGUCUAUUUUAAACUCAUUGAAUUUGCAUAUUCAAACCUAUCUGGAAGGGAAAAAAAAUAGCACUUUAGAUGGUCAUAUCAUAGUUACGUGAAAAAGUUGAGAGAAGAGGAUAAGAAAGAUUACUGUAUUUACAACUGGUAUAAUUCAUUAUGCAAAUAUAUACUGGGAAAUAAAUUAGGGAAAAAAAUUAUAAAGUUUCCAUAACUCCAAAUUAUUGUAAUUUACUGCUUCCCAAUAUUUGUUCUAAAGAGAGAUGGGUUAUCUUUGUCUUGAGAGCAAACCAACCCUUUACACUGUUUUAUGUUGUUACCUGCCUAGCUAGGUAGCCUAACUUUCAACUAGUUAAAUUACUUAGAGCCUGGAUAUGUUCUCUCUUUCAUAAGGAAAUUACUGAAUAGCUUCAUGACAAGCACUAAUAAGUCCCUGUAUUUUCUGAAAAGACAAGGUCCUAAAGAAAACCCAGAAACAUGUCACAGCUCCUCACCAACUCACCUGUCUCAUUCCCAUUUUUGGGUCACAAGAUGUGCCAGAUCCAAGUACUUCCAGAGCCCAUUUAUAAGAGAAUCUAUUUUAAGCUACUUUAAGAGACAGUUUCUGUGUAGAAAUGACAAGUUCCUGAACUUCUCCAAUUCACAGACUCAGAAAAGAACAAGUCUGAGCUGGUGUCAGUUCCUAAAAAGAAGUGUUGUUUUUCUUUUGGCUAGCCAUUACUUGGCUGAGCUUAUUCUAGCAUACUUGGGAUGAGGGUGGGUGGGAAGAGUUGGAAAAAAUUGCUUACAAGUCAGAAGUGAAGUAUUUACUCACCUGAGUAGGACUGCUCAAAACUGGUAAUCAAACACUUGAUGAAAUAACUUGCCAAAUUGAGGAUUUUAGUCUCUACUUUCAGCUUUCCAUCUGUAAAACUGGAAAAAUAGUACUUCUUUAGCUCAAAGGGAUAUAUGACAUUUCCUGCAUUAAUAUUUCUUAUGUCAGAUGGGAUUCUUGUACAAAAGCCUUCUAGAAUCCAACAAUUCUUUUUAAGAAAAAAAAACAAAAACCACAGUGUCCCUAUCAUAAUCUUUAUUGAUCUAGAGUUUGUUUAUGCCUGCGUAAGUGAUGUCCAAGGUAGAUGUGCCCUUAAAAUGAAGACAGCAGUGUUGCAGUAAAUAAAUGAAAUGUGCUCAAGUCAUAAUCUUUAUAGGUUGUUAAAAAAAAACAAACAACAAAAAACAAACAAACAAACAAACAAACAAAC